AAGCGCAGCAGUCGGUUCUUGCCCCUUCUACCAUUUUGUGGAAGUGCGUUCCGGUGUGAGGAGAGAGAGGAGACAGUCGCGGCCAUAUUUGUCUCUCAGUCAUCGUUUGUGUGCUUGGUGCAAAGAAAGUACAAAAGCGUUGCGAGGAAGAAAAAAGGCUCUGAACACACAAGCAAAUUCGAAGAGAAAAGAAACGGCAGUGUAGACGGAGAACGACUGAUAUAGAUAGGCGUAAAGAGUGAGAGAGAUAGUAAGAAUAAGCGAAGAGCGGCAGCUAAGAGUCAGUCCCGCAAGCGAGCACAGAAGGCAGCACCGAGAGAAAGAGGCUGAGGUUCCUUUUUUCGGCGUCGUCGGUGUUUUUCGUGUGUGGCUGUAGGCCCCGUAGAGGAACGUUUUUGUUGCGCGAGUAGUUUUUUUUGGUUUUCCAGAAGACUUGAAGAGAAAACACGAAGAACCGGAGCUAUGUCGGAACGUGAGGAUAACGUGUACAAGGCAAAAUUGGCCGAACAGGCUGAGCGAUAUGACGAAAUGGUGGAGGCCAUGAAGAAGGUUGCCAAGCUGGACGUGGAGCUGACGGUAGAAGAGCGCAACUUGUUGUCUGUGGCUUACAAGAAUGUGAUCGGUGCCCGUCGUGCUUCCUGGCGCAUCAUCUCGAGCAUAGAACAGAAGGAGGAAAGCAAGGGCGCCGAUGAUAAACUCGAGAUGAUCCGCACCUACCGUAGCCAAGUUGAGAAGGAGCUGCGGGAUAUUUGCUCCGACAUCUUGGACGUGCUCGACAAACACCUGAUCCCAGCCGCCUCUACUGGCGAGUCCAAAGUCUUUUACUACAAGAUGAAGGGCGACUACCAUCGUUACUUGGCUGAGUUCGCAACAGGCAAUGAUCGCAAGGAGGCUGCCGAGCACUCGCUGGUCGCCUACAAAUCUGCAAGCGACAUUGCCAUGACAGAAUUGCCGCCUACGCAUCCAAUUCGUCUUGGUCUGGCGCUCAACUUCUCCGUGUUUUACUACGAGAUCCUCAACAGUCCUGAUCGCGCCUGCCGUCUAGCUAAAGCCGCCUUUGACGAUGCCAUCGCUGAACUGGACACCCUUUCCGAGGAGAGUUACAAGGACAGCACCCUCAUCAUGCAACUGCUCAGGGACAACCUCACCCUUUGGACCAGCGAUAUGCAAGGAGAUGGUGAAGCGGAGGGUAAGGAUCAGCUUCAAGAUGUCGAGGACCAAGAUGUGUCGUAACUGAAGUGCUGAAGUGUUCGACCCAAUGUAUUUAAUAACCUUGUAAUAAUAUUGAUAAGGAUCUAGGGGGAGAGGGGGCCUAGAAACAACAACUACAACAAAAAAAUAAUCUAAAACAAUCCAGGCACACAAUUUUUAUUUCUACUAUUUCUCUCUCACUUAACUCCAUAUCCCCAUUUAAAAAAAAAAUAUUUGUACACAUAUAUGUAUGUGUGUUUCAACAGAAAAAAAAACGUGCAGCAAAAAAAAAUCAUCGUGUAAUUAAUGUAUUGUAAUUAAGUAAAAAUAUAUAUGUCGAGGCUCUCUCUCCUCUAAAAAUCUUGUUCCAUCAUCAAUCACCCACCACCACUGCACAGUCUACUCGCGCGUCUCUAAAUUUUAUCAUCCUCGAAAAAGUUAAUAAUUGCAGAUAAAAUAUUAAUCAUUUAAAUAUUAAUAAUAAUACUAAUUGUAAUAAUAAUAAUAAUCCAUGACUGGACACUCAUAGUGUGUGCUGUGCUAAUUAUGAGUUGUGUGCGUGUGCCCGUGGGCCCUGCGGUUCCCCUCUUUUAAGAGCAACAACAUCCAUGACCGACAACCUCUUCAAUUUCCUCCUUAGAUAUAAACUGCCGGUUGUAGGGAGGAAGUUGAAUUGAAAUUUCGGAUUUUAACAACAUAAACUAGAGUAUCAUUGAUUUAGCGCGGCCCUCGAGGACAAUAAUUAUUACAACAAAACAAAAUAUAUAUAUAUAUUGAAAGAAACAUAAGAAAACACGACCACACUCCGUAUUAUUUACAAAUUAUACAAUUUAAAGAAAAAAAAAA